CCCCACGCCUGCCGUACGUCUAACCUUUUUUUCGUGACCCACACAAGAAACAACAACCCUUAAAAAAUUCUGGCCGCGUCCGAACAUCUGGUCUCUCCCAUUUCUUCUUCACACCUCUCAAUCCCAUCAAUCUCAAGCUCGUUGUGUCACAACCCACCGAUUCCCAACUCUUUCAAUCUUCUCUAGGGCACGUAGCCACCCUAUUCCUCCCCCGAAAUUGUUCAAGAGUUCAAUACUGAACCCGAAACCCGAACGUCCAUUCAACGUCUAUUAUCGCCUCUAGUCAAGAUAAAUCAACCUACCUUCAACUAAUCUCCCAACCAGAUUACCCAUCAGUCAUAAUGGCCACCACCACGGAGAAAGUUGCUGACGCUGCCGUCAACGACGUUACCAAUGCUCUGAGCAAUACCUCUAUCGCUGCCAAGGACGAGAACAAGGAUGCCGUCCAUGCUAGCGCCGCCGAGGGUCGCCGCCUAUACAUCGGCAACCUCGCAUAUGCGACAACUGAGGGGGAGUUGAAAGAAUUCUUCAAGAGUUACCUUGUUGAAUCCGUCUCAAUCCCAAAGAAUCCUCGUACCGACCGCCCCGUUGGCUACGCCUUCGUGGAUCUCUCUACCCCCACCGAGGCUGAGCGUGCCAUCGCUGAACUCUCCGGCAAGGAGAUUCUCCAGCGAAAGGUCUCAGUUCAACUUGCCCGCACUCCCCAGCCGGCUGGAGAGAAGGCUGAAGGAGCUACCAAUGGUGAGGCCGGUGCUGAUGGUUCUCGGCGCCGAUCCUCUGGUCGUGGCCGAGGUCGCGGUCGUGGUCGUGCUGGUCGCGCUGGUCGUGGCGGCCGAACCGAGGGUGGAAAGGAUGAAACUCACGCUACCGAGGCUGGUGCAAAUGCUACCGCUGCCGACUCUGAGGUUUUACCUUUGACCGAUAUCACCAACAAAGCGGAUACUGACAAAACUGACAAGACUGCGAAGAGGGGCCCGGCUCGCGAGCGUCGUGAGCGCGGACCACCUGCUGACGGCAUUCCCUCCAAGAACAAGGUUAUGGUCGCUAACCUGCCCUAUGACCUGACCGAAGAGAAGCUGAAGGAACUGUUCAAUGAUUACCAGCCCUCCUCUGCCAAGAUUGCCCUUCGCCCCAUCCCCCGAUUCAUGAUCAAGAAGCUCCAGGCUCGUGGUGAGCCCCGCAAGGGACGUGGCUUUGGUUUCGUCACCCUAGCUUCUGAGGAACUCCAGCAGAAGGCCGUUGCCGAGAUGAAUGGCAAGGAGAUUGAAGGCCGCGAGAUUGCUGUCAAGGUCGCUAUCGACAGCCCCGACAAGACGGACGAGGAGGCGAAUAUCCCUCAUGAGAAUGAGGUCAAUGGCCAGGAGGCUGCUCCUGCUGCCGCUGCCCCCUCUGCUGCCGCUGGUAGCACUGCUUAGAUGAUCUAAGCAUAUUUCCGACGGCGCAUGUUUAAUUGUCAAGACAAGAUGAAUCCUAACAAUCAUAUCUUAUUUACGGGAUACAUUACACAGUAGUUACGCGUCAGUCAAGUUUUACGAGGGAUGGCUAGUUUCUUGAUUUCACCAUAGAUACAAAAACCCCACAGGACAGCAGCAAUAUGGCCUCAGAUAUCGUCAGCAGCGACUGCAGCAUUCUGCAUUUAGCAUUUCUGGCGGAUGUCUGUCAUGAUGCUGCAGUUUUGACACAUUAAUUUUUUCACGAAUGACUUUGACAACCACCUCUCGAGCAUUUUCAUGGGUUGUACACUAGGUGGACAACGGAGCAAGGGGUCACGGUGGACUCGGAAAAGUUCUCGCGAGCAACAUAAUAGAUAUGAUUGAUAACGAA